AUUCCAUGUCUCACUCUUUAUUCAGUCUUCACCAACUAACUAAACCCUAAUUCAACAUAUCUCCCUCACAACCGUUCUCUUGUUCUUCAUUAAACCAAACAUUCUUUUUCUUUUUUUUUAUAAAAAAAAAAUGAAACAACUGUCGACAAAAGUGACAAGCAAUGCUCAUGGACAAGACUCUUCCUACUUCUUGGGAUGGGAAGAAUACGAGAAGAACCCUUACAACGAAAUCAAGAACCCUAAUGGGAUUAUUCAAAUGGGUCUUGCCGAAAAUCAGCUAUGUUUUGAUCUCAUAGAGACAUGGUUAGCUAAGAAUCCGGACGCAGCCGGACUCAAGAAAGACGGCCAAUCCAUUUUCAAAGAGCUUGCUCUCUUCCAAGACUAUCAUGGCCUACCUGAAUUCAAGAAAGCUUUGGCAGAGUUUAUGGAGGAAAUAAGAGGAAAUAGAGUAACAUUUGAUCCCAGCAAGAUUGUCCUAGCUGCUGGUUCAACCUCUGCCAACGAAACUCUCAUGUUUUGUCUCGCCGAACCCGGGGAUGCUUUCCUUUUACCAACUCCUUACUACCCAGGAUUCGAUAGAGAUUUGAAAUGGAGAACGGGAGCAGAGAUCGUACCUAUUCAUUGCUCAAGCUCUAAUGGGUUCCAAAUAACAGAGUCAGCUCUUCAACAAGCUUAUCAGCAAGCUCAAAAGCUUGAUCUUAAGGUCAAAGGAGUUCUUGUUACCAACCCGUCUAACCCUCUUGGCACAAUGUUGACCAGAAGAGAACUUAACCUUCUCGUUGACUUCAUUUCUUCCAAAAACAUUCAUCUCAUAAGCGACGAGAUCUAUUCAGGUACUGUUUUUGGGUUUGAACAGUUUGUUAGUGUCAUGGAUGUCUUAAAAGACAAGAACCUUGAGAACAGCGAAGUCUCCAAGCGGGUUCACGUUGUUUAUAGUCUUUCCAAAGAUCUCGGUUUACCGGGUUUUCGCGUUGGAGCAAUAUAUUCCAACGACGAAAUGGUUGUUUCCGCUGCCACAAAAAUGUCAAGUUUCGGCCUCGUGUCUUCUCAAACACAGUACCUUCUCUCUGCAUUGCUUUCCGACAAGAAGUUCACAAGUACAUACCUCAACGAAAACCAGAAAAGACUCAAGAUUCGUCAGAAGCAACUCGUGUCCGGUCUAGAAGCUGCAGGGGUUACUUGUCUUAAAAGCAACGCGGGUUUGUUCUGUUGGGUUGACAUGAGACAUCUCUUGGACACAAACACAUUCGAAGCAGAGCUUGAGCUAUGGAAGAAGAUUGUAUAUGAAGUCAAGCUGAAUAUUUCACCCGGUUCAUCGUGCCAUUGUACUGAACCGGGUUGGUUUAGGGUUUGUUUCGCCAACAUGAGUGAAGAUACGCUUGAUUUGGCGAUGAAGAGGCUCAAAGAGUACGUAGAGUCAACAGAUAGUAGAAGAGUGAUUUCAAAAAGCAGUCAUGAAAGGAUCAAGAGUUUGAGGAAGAGAACUGUCUCUAACUGGGUUUUCCGGGUUUCAUGGACCGACCGUGUACCUGAUGAACGAUGAAAAUAAAUUCAUCGUCCCAAG